AUGCCGCAGUCACCCGGCAGUGGAGUGGACAGGGUGGCGGAGGAGAACCACACACGCGUGACGCGUCGUCUGCGACCGCGCCGACGCAGUCCAGGCGCCUUCAAGGAGCCGGCGACGCGUUCUUUACUUGGCUCGGAGUCGGAUCCUUCAAGUGCAGAAAGCCCGGGGUCGCGGACCCCGCCACGUGCCAGCAGCACGGAGGUGCACGGUGUCUCCGAGAGUCCGGGGCCGGGCUCCGCUGGUGGCGUGCCGCGUCCCGGGGCCCCGGUCCCUGCGGCGGCCGCCAGCCUGGCCGCAGCCCCCGUGGCGGCGCCGGCCUCGCAGUUCACACUGCUGGUGAUGCGGCCCUGUGCGGGUCCCGAGGAGGCCGAGGGCUGCCUGAGGCAGGUCCCGGCCCCGGCUCCCGCGCGGGGCGGCGGGCCGUGCAAGCCCCUCGGCUACCUGUGCGAGGUGGCAGGAGAGGCGGAGGAGGAGGCGGCGGAGGACGAUGCGGACUUGCUGGACACUUCCGACCCCCCCGGAGGAGGCGAGAGCACCGCCAGCCUGGAAGACCUGGAGGACGAAGAUGCCCACUCGGGGGGCGAGGGCGGCGGCGGCGCCCGGAGGCGGGGCGGCGGCGCCAGCAAGACCUGCACUUACCAGGGCUGCAGCGAGACCACCAGCCAGGUGGCCAAGCAGCGCAAGCCGUGGAUGUGCAAGAAACACCGCAACAAGAUGUACAAGGACAAGUACAAGAAGAAAAAGAGCGACCAGGCCCUGAACUGUAGUGGGGCGGCCACCUCGGCCGGCAGCGCUAGCAACGUCAAAGUGGAGGAAACUGCAGAUAAUAUACUCUCCAUUGUAAAACAAAGAACAGGAUCUUUUGGGGAUCGUCCUGCAAGACCUACUCUCUUAGAACAAGUGUUAAAUCAGAAACGACUGUCAUUACUACGAAGUCCAGAAGUGGUGCAGUUUUUACAAAAACAACAGCAACUCCUAAAUCAGCAAGUUUUGGAGCAAAGACAACAGCAAUUUCCAGGAGCUUCAGUGUGAAGGAGAUUACCAAGAAUUUACUGAAAUAGAUGAACAUAUUUUUAUACUAAAAAAGAAUAAUGGGUGAGAUAUGUCAAUAGAACAUGAACAUUUUCCUGUAAAUGUAUGUGUGCAUUUGAGGAUAAAUAAGUAUUGUACUUUUUGCAUCUAGUUUUCCCAUGAUUUUUUAAAUCAGUUUAUCUUACUAAAAUAACAUUUAAUUGCACUUAUUUUUAAAUAUGUUCCUCUUCAGACACUGUUACUGAAGAUAUUGAAACAGUUACUUUCUGUGGAAGUCAUGAAGUUCAUAGGUAAACUUGAAUCAUCUAGGUCUCUGGAAGAGUGUGAGUGCUUUGGAGUUGUCAUAGUGAGCUUGAGGACUCCUGGGUUUUAAUCAGAGGGCCAGGAAUACUAAGUGUUUGGCAGUGUCUGCAGUAGUCCUACAAAACUAAACAUUAUCUCACCUGCAAUGUGAUUGCAUAGUGCUUCUCUUAAAGAACAUUGAUAGCAACUUUUCACAAUAAAAGAUCAUCGAAGUACCUGGAAUUGCUUUGCAGCUAAGGCUGGUACUGUCAGAGAGGGUGGUCUAUUUCAUACCAUAAGGAAAGCAAUCAAGGGUCCACUGCUUGUGUAAGAUGAGAAAUGUGCAGGUGAAGCCUGUGAGACGGAUAAAGGACUUGGCUUCUAGGUUUCCGGUUGCCUAUUAAUGUUGCUCUCCUUUAGAGCAUACCCUUCCAUGUUUGAAUUUGUGAACUGUAUAGUUAUAUCUCAACUCACAAAUUCCAGAACAGAAUUAUUUUUUAUAUUCAUUUUUCACUAAAGAAAACAAAAAGAGAUGCUUUUCAAAAAGCAGAGUCUGAAAAAAAAACACUCUAGCAUCUUGUCAGUUUGUUUUAAAAUUGAGCUAUUUUAAGGCUAUUAUUCCUAAGUUGUGUUACAAAUGAUGGGAAAUCUGGAUACCUUUUCUCCUUUUUUUCCUAGGAAAAUUUCAAGACAAACCUACAACUAAGAAUGAUGAACUAAAUGUCAAGAGAGUAUAUCCAAUAUUAGGAUAAGUAUGUGUCUCAGGAUGAACUAUACAAAACUGUGUGUGGGGCUGGGAAUGUGUCCCAGUGGUAGAGUGCUUGCCUAGCAUGCAUGAAGUCCUGGGUUCGAUUCCACAGUACCAUAUAUACAGAAAAAGCCAGAAGGGGC